GCAGGCCGGCACAGCCAAAUUCGUGACGCUGUUUGAUAAAGUUUUGGGCGGCUGCUUCUGGGGAGCGGAGAAAGUUUUUUAGUUUAGACAGGUACCGGGUAAGAGGCCGUUCCACAUGAGAAAGAGAAAGUUAUCAGAUGGAGUGCGCUGCUCAGCACGCCAGAAGAAUAGGAGUUGCUCGGGUGCCCAGUCCUCAACUGACCAUGAAGCUGACACGUAUGGACCUAAAAAGAAGGCAGCUUCCAGCAAUAACACAGAGAAAGAGUCUUCAAAAAAGUUGAGAAAGGAUGAAAAGGGUCCAGUGGAAGCUGAUGAAAACGAACUAUUAAACAAAAUCGAUAAUGCAGCUUCCAAUGAAAGCAGCAAUGUAAAUGAUUCACAGCAGUCUGAGAAAAGUAUAACAAAUACAAAAGAUAAUGGCACAAGGUGCUCAAAAUUAAGGGCAAAUACACGCCUUCCCUCAUCCCCAGUUUCUGAUCUGAAUGAAGUUUCAUGUAACGGCUUAACAGAUGACAGUGGGGAUGGAACAGGGUUUAUUCACAAAACAUGCUCUGAGCCCUCUAAAUUAAGAGAGAUUUAUCUGAAUGGCAGUCCGUUUGUGGAUGAAGACAGCAAUCAGCCAAUGCCACUGGGGCUCUUCUUUGAAAAUGCUGAUCUUAUGCAGGACCUGCCACCAGCUGUGCCUUCUUGUGCUUCAAUGAGCAGGAGAGAGCUUAGAAACCUGCAUUUUAGAGCAAAGGAAGAGGAUGAGGAUGAUGAUGACUAUGUUGAUGGCUUGGCUAACGAAGGAAAUAUUUAAGUUUAUGCAGAGCCAGGCUGAAUGCUGGUGGGGAGUGCAGAAGUAUCAAUAAUUGUCCCAAAUUAAGUGUUUUAACUGCAGACUCAUGUAAGAAGACAUGAAGAACGAUGUUGAUUCAUUAAAGAGUCUUUUAAUAUUAACAUAAUAUUUUAUAUUAAACUCAAAAUGAGCUAGGCUAUUGCAGCCUAAUAUUUUCCCUCCUUUGAAUCAAGACACUCCCUAACUCAACCCAACAACUUGCAAUGGUUUGUUUUUACAAGGUAUUUGGCUGGAGUUGUACAAACCAAAGUUUUUGGAGCUGGGGAGGGAUCUGUGGCAUUUUGAAGGAUAGUAAUAUACCUUUAUUAGGGUAAGUGUACUUCUAUUGCAAGUGGUUCUUACAUAUGCAUUAGAAUUUAAGCCUAACUUUUUUUUUUUUUACUAUAAACAUACAGUGUUGAAUUAAUAUGAAAAAAGGUCCCCAUACAUGUUGAGAUUCGCUCUCUUGGCGACCUACGGGUGGGCGAUAUCGGGGAGCGUGUAGGUAAAAAAAAAAUAAUUUGAUCGUUUGGCCCUGGGGUCAAACAAUCGAAUUAUAUUGGCGGCAAUGGGGCAGUCGGUUCGGGGACCGCAUCAACGAGCCAAUGCGGUCCCGAUCCGACUGAAUUUUCUAACCUGGCCGAUCGAUAUCUGGGCAAUUUUAGGCCAGAUAUUGGUCGGACAGGCCCCUCGUUUCUGCCCCUACAUGGGCCGAUAAGCUGCCAAAUCGGUCCAAGGGACCGAUAUCGGCAGCUACUAUCGGCCCGUGUAUGGGGACCUUUACUUGUGUAAAUUAUGUUUUCAGGAAAUAAUUUGACGUUAAAAAAAAAAAAAAAAAAAAAGAAGCUUUAUUCUGAACUGACACCAAAUAAGACUGUUGGACAUUGACGCAAAAGUUACAUUUUGGACAGCUCUGUAGAAACAGUGGUGCCAUAUUAGCGUAUCAAACAUGAACACAAGUAACAUAGCAACUGCAUGAACAGUGUUUGUAUAUAAUUCCUUUUCUUUUUAUAAUACACUAGAAUAUAAGUGCAAUUAUUCUCACUUGUAUAAUAAUAACCAAAGAUAUACAGACUUGCUUGAGUACUGAAGGAGGUUUAGUUAAGCAAGGAAUAGGAGCUACAGUUGAAAUUUUCCAAAUGUAAUUGAUUUCAACAUUUCUAAAAGAAAUCAUACAUUCUUAAAAAUGGCUUUACAAAAUUCAGGAACCCAGAAGCUAGUAUUUCAAUAGUGCUGGGACAAACAGGGCAUAUUUUCAUCAUCUAAAAUGUAAAAUAUUAAAACGCUGAUUGCUAAUUGCGUUAAUUGGAAAGCAUUUAAAAGUGCCUGGAAAUCUUCUGUGCGCCAUUGGCCUUAAGAUGAACGAAAGUCAUUUAGAAAUGUCAUGUAGAAAUUUUUCUUUAUUGGCAGUUUGCAAUUGGUUUUUAUUUGUGGUCAGUAAUUUAGUUUUUUUGUUCAGCAGGUCUCCAGUUUUGAAUUUCAGCAGCUAUCGUUGCUAGGGUCUUGUUUACCUUAGCAACCAGGAAGUGGUCUGAAUAGGAGGAGGCCAGAAUAGAUAAAAAGUAACAGUAACCAUAAAAUUGUAAGUUUACAAAGCAGUAGGUUUUUUUUUUUUGUUGCUGCCAGAUUCAGUGACUCAAUCUGAAAGCUGGAAAGAUGUAGAAGAGAAUGGCAAAUAAUUCAAUAACUAUAAAAAAAAAAAUAAUGAAGACCAGUUGCAAGUUUCUAGGAAUAGGACAUUCUAUGACAUGUUAAAAGUUAACGUAAAGGUGAAUCACCCAUUUAUGUUAACCUGAGAUCUCUCUACUCCCUUCCAAACCACAGUACUGUUUGUCCUACCUGUUCCCAAACGGCAGAGAAGCACAGCGGGGCCUUAAGGGCAUAGAGAUCAUUUGAAGUGAAGAUUGAGCGGCACGAGAUGGAGCACACCACCCCUGCUUUGCUGCUCUGUUGCUUGGGGAUAGGUAGGGCACAGUAUGGAAGAUUCCAUUCUUACAUGACUUCCUCCAGUUUUGAUUUUUGUAAUCGUAUUAACUGUAUUCUAUUAUCUAUCUACACAAUUAGAUAUAAUAAUAUCCUGAUAAAUGCAGAGAGUAUGGGGGACUCCUUUCCCAGUCUUAAAAUACACUGGAAUAUAAGGGGAGCGAAUAGUAAGAUUUAUAGCACAAUAAUAAUGUUUGCUGAUGAAAAUUAUAAACAUGCACAAAUUUGUUGAUGAAGGAUCCGUCCUGUGUACUGACAAAUAAGUCAGGUAUCUUGUAAUUGGUAUAAAAGGGUGUUUUUGUUGAAUACUGUAUCAGUGGUUAGGACAUGCCCUACAUUGCUGGUACAGUUCAUUUCUUGUAGAGGCCCAAAGGGCACAUAUAAUUUAUGUUACUAUGGAAAUUGACAACACGCUUUGUGACCAAAAUAAAUAUUGUGUGUUCUGCACGUGUUUGUUACAUUA